CUCCCUGACCGGCGGACACUCCGCCUCUCAGUCGCCCGGUAACCGAGCUUCCGUCGGCGGAUUCCAGCUGGGUGUCAGCCGGCACUUCCACGCCAGAUUCACGGACCGGACUAAAGGACUGGAGGAGAUAAAAAAGCAGCCAGUGAACUCCGUGGGGGUCGUCGAGGCGUUUUGUGCCACGUCGACGUUCGAAACUUUUGUGUGUUUCCUGGAAGUCAUCAGCCGGCCGAGAAGCGGCGGACUCACUCGGAGUUUCAACACGUGUCCGCGGAAGAGGAUUCGUCACUUUUUGUGCUUUUAUUCCACUCCCCGGGCUCACUUUCAUUCCACUCCCCGGGCUCGGUGCUCCCCCAGGCUAGUGAACCCGAGGCUGCCGGCCGCCCCCGUCUUGUCCCGCAGGUGAAGGCGUGUCUGUGGGCGGGGAGGGGAGCUUUGUUCUCCGCAAACACCUCCACUUUGUUACGGGAAAAGCCGACAUUCGCCUUCUUCGCUGGACUUUAUUUCCCUCAAAUGAGAGCCUCCAGAGCGGGGGAUCUACUUUCCUCUUCCGGUCGGCCAUGAAAGCGGGCUAGUUUUUAAAACAACGUUCGGUGUUUCUCAGGGGCUAAAGUGUUGUUUAAAGACAUGGCGUUGUCUCAGAUCCAGUGCCUGGACGAGCACCACGUCAACUGGCGUGUGAGCGAGAGCAAGCCGGAGUUCUUCUACAGCGAGGAGCAGCGGCGCGCCCUGGAGGCUCUCAUCGGCCAGGGCCGUGCUGCGUUCACGGACUUCCUCCGCGAGAACGCCAUCCGGGACUUCUUGUCGGAGCCCGAGCAGGAGCGCAUCGGCCGCGCGGCGGAGGCGUACCGGCCCGGGCAGGAUCAGCACUACCCGAGGCCGGAGACCCCCGGCCACGCGGGGAACACCACCCCGGGCUCCGGGGAGGAUGGCGGGGACGGCGAGGUGUCACUCCAGUACUGGCCGGACCGCUCCGAGGGCUCCGUGGCGGAGCUGGACCUCGGCUGGCCGGAAGCCAUCUCCUACCGCGGGGUCACGCGCGUCAACGUGUACACGCAGCCCCCCGCCUACGCGCACGCGCACAUCAAGGAGGUCGUGCGCAAGAGCAUCGCCUCUGCGCAGAAGGUGAUCGCUGUAGUGAUGGACGCCUUCACCGACGUGGACAUAUUCCGAGACCUGCUGGACGCGGCCUACAGACGGAAAGUUCCGGUGUACAUAAUCAUCGACAUCGCUGCAGUGCCCUGCUUCCUCUCCAUGUGCGGCAGAGCCGAUAUGCACCGCGGUCACCUAAAGAAUCUCCGCGUGCGCUGCUGUGGAGGUGUGGAGUUCUUCACAAGGUCGGCGCAUAAAGUCUGUGGCUCCCUGAGUCAGAAGUUUGUCCUGAUCGAUGGAGACAGAGCCAUCUCCGGUUCAUACAGCUUCACGUGGUCCUCGUCUCGCCUGGACCGAAAUCUCAUCACCGUGAUUACGGGACAGACGGUGGAGGCGUUUGACUUCCAGUUUCGGGAACUGUUUCUCCUGUCCCGCAGUGUGUCCCUCAGCAAGGUCCCUAUGGUCGACGAACCGGUUCCUGACCCGCUUCCCAAGGCCGCUCCUGUCGCCGUGCCAACCACCGUGGCCAAGAAGCUCAUCAACCCCAAGUAUGCCCUGGUUGCCACCAGUCAGACUUCUUCCGACCAGAACUCUACCAACAAGAACUCGCAGGUGCCCGCUGCGUUAAAGAUUCGGAGCGGGCGUCUUAGGAAUGUGUCGGAGGAGCCACCGAUACAUCCGGCGUUGGAAAACAUGGAGAAAGCGUACCUGAUCCCAUACCUCCCCACUUGGCCAGAACCAGACCCACCCAGCGACGUGAUUGGUUUUAUCAACAUUAGGGACGAGAAGCGAGCCAAUCAGGUUCACUUGCAGAGGUCAGAGCGCUUUGAGGUCAGUCAGGCUAUUCGAUUCCGCUCGCCGCUGACAUCGGUGAGCCAGAAUGAGGGGGCCGCGUCCGGUCAGGAUACAAAAGCCGGAGAAAAACCCGCUUCCGGCAACACCUCUACUCCCCCGAGUGAUUUCCAAAAGGAUCAGCCGGCAAGCACAGCUUUAGAUCAAGACUGUACGGAUGCAACGGAUUCCAGAAGUCCCAACACGCAGGAGACACACCCAGCACAAACUCCGGCUCCUAAAGCCGCCGCAGAGCCUCUGCAGGCAGACGCCGCUGGACAAGCUCCGGAGAUCCAACCAGUCCCUCCAGUCCCUAAACCGCGAACGCUGCACCUGGUCAUAGACCACGCCUCCUCAGACCAGCCCGACGAGAAGCACAUCACUUUGAUUAAAAUUGACAAGCACGUCAACGCCGACGCCGCCUUCGGCGACAUGAGUGACACGCCGCUCCGCCAUGUCCGCGUCACCACCAUGGAGGAAGGCGGCGACUCCGGCAGCAACGACAACGGCAGCCAAGACAGCACCAAGGUCAUGUGCGACCGAGUGGCCGCAGACAACCCCCUGAGCUUUUCCACCGCGUCGGAGGAGGAGUUUUACGACUGUUCCCCGCAGGAGCCCGGCGACCUGUUGGCCGAGCGGAUCAGCACGGGGUCAGGCCGCGGCGGGCAGCGGCUAGGGGACGGAAUCAACGUGAUGGCCCGCCUCUCUCAAAGCAUGCUGGAUUUACGCAAGGCCAAACAGGCGGAGGACGGCAGCAGCGUCCUCAUUCGCCAAUCGCAGCACCUGCGCAAGCAGGGUCACCUCUCGCCGCACAGGCGCGUGCCGUUGUUCCAGAUGUCCAGGUCUCCAGGUCGGGAUGGCAGACCCAGGGGCCCCAAAGUGGUCAUCGCCAAACCAGGAAGUUACCACCGCCCCCAGCGCGCAGCGGGCCCUGUGAUUGGAGGACAUCGCUACUGGCAGGCACAGAGGCUGCAUCCUGACCCCGGCCUGGCAGGACCUGAUGCUCGCUCUGGACGCUCGCCACAACGCCCCGGUCUGGGCUUCAAGAAGACGGCUCACACCUCCUCCCAGUCGCCGGGGGCCGGCACUUCAGGGGCCGCUCACUCCAAGAUGAACAGUUUCCGACUUAUAAAGGCCCGAGGGGCGGCCGUGCAGAAGAAAUCCUCUCAAACCAGCAAAGCUUCCCGGUAGAAAUGUUGAUGACACACAUUUCAUGAGGUAUGUUCUUCUGCUAAUGUUGUGAGGGUAAAUAUCACAAGUUGACUUCAUCACCUCUCACAGGACUUUAGCACUGUAAACUAAACAAUGUAGUCCAACUGGAAACACUGUGAUUGGUUGCUGACCUGGUGGGGGCGGGGCUAUUCCCAUAUUUGGACUUGUUGACUUGUACAGAUGUGGAGGUGUUUGGGACCAGAAGUGAAUGUUAUUAAUAAAAGAUGAGAUUUUUGCUGAAA